UCUCCCUUUCCUUUGAAUUCUUAAUCCUCGUUAUUGUCUUAGAUCAUACGCUCUAUUCUUGUAUCCAGUAGUAGCGUUUUCACUCUCUGAAGUGCAACCAGGGAAAUCUCGGUACUGGCCCAGAAUUUGAUGUCGACUGACUGUAAUUCAACUUGGGUAUGGCAGGUGGUCAGCAGGGAAAUCCGGAGAAUUUUGCAGGAGCGUGCUUUGAGCUUUAAUAUUGCGUUGGAUGAUGUAUCCAUCACUAACCUGACUUUCGGGCGGGAGUUCACAGUUGCUUUCGAAGCCAAGCAAGUUGCUGCUCAAGAGGCUGAGAGUGCCAAGUUUGUAGUGGAGAAAGCUGAACAAGACAAACGAAGUGCUAUUAUUCGUGCUCAGGGAGAGGCAAAGAGUGCGCAGCUCAUUGGUGAUGCCAUUUCGAACAACCCAGCUUUCAUAAGUUUGCGUAAGAUCGAGGCCAGCCGAGAAAUUGUGAAUACAAUUUUCACCUCUCAGAAUCGCGUAUUCUUGAGUGCUGAUUCUUUACUUCUCAACUUAGACUUGGAUGUUUAGGACGUCGGACUUAAGUCACAGCUCUAAACCAAGAAGUAAUUGAGAAAUAAGUUGUUCAUUUUGGGUCUUCAAAUAUAUAGCCUUCCCUUGUCAAUCUUCUCGCAAGUGAUUGCGAUUUCCCAGGAGUAAUCUGAGUGCUGAAACAGGGGUUUUUGAGGUAGCUUCGUCCUUCUAGUCAGGCAAACUUCCUAUUGAUACGGUGUAGUGGGGUUCAGUUUUCACGAAGAGAAUUGCUUUUUGACGGCCUAUUCUUAAUGAGGUAACCUUAGGAAUGAGGAUCCUACAUGGGAAUAAACACUGCAUGGUACAAGCGUUAAAAUCUUUAGUGGAGUAUUGCUCCUCACUUCCAAAGUGGUCCUGCAAAUUAGUUUACAAACAGGGGACUUCGAUGUUAAGUCGAACUUCGGGUUCAUUUUUGUGAGGAACUAAAAUCUCUGGCUGUGACA